UUGUACUUGGAGACCGGAGAGGAGCACUUUACCGUUUCAUGCUGCAGAGUUGAAAGCAAACUCGAACCCAGCUGGCUUGUUUUCGCCCUUUCAAGUGCGCGAGCCGCAGAACACGCACUCAUCCUAGGAGUCUGUCCGAAACUCGUGCGUAAAGACUUUUUUUUACUCACCAGAGCAAAGCAAAAAAGAAAAGAAAAAAAAGAGAAUCCGUUUUUCUGUGCACUUCUCUCAUUUUGAAAGACUUUGGUCAAACUCAUCCUGGCACGGUAGAGUCUAUUUAGAGACUUUUCCUCUCGCGAGAAAGCAGAACCAACUCUCCCGUUUCACUCGUAACUUGGCACCCAACAGUUUUUCGUAUGAAUCUCCUCGACCCUUACCUGAAGAUGACGGAGGAACAAGACAAGUGUCUGUCCGACGCCCCGAGCCCGAGCAUGUCCGAAGACUCCGCGGGCUCCCCGUGCCCGUCCGUGUCGGGCUCGGACACCGAGAACACCCGGCCGUCGGAGAACGGGCUGCUCGGCGUGGACGGAGAGUUCAAGAAGGACGAGGAUGAUAAGUUCCCCGCGUGCAUCCGCGACGCCGUGUCCCAGGUGCUCAAGGGCUACGACUGGACCCUUGUGCCUAUGCCCGUGCGCGUUAACGGAUCUUCUAAGAACAAGCCUCACGUGAAGAGACCGAUGAAUGCCUUCAUGGUGUGGGCUCAGGCGGCGCGGAGGAAGCUCGCGGAUCAGUACCCACACCUGCACAACGCGGAGCUCAGCAAGACUCUGGGGAAACUCUGGAGACUUCUCAACGAAGGGGAGAAGCGGCCGUUUGUGGAGGAGGCUGAGCGGCUCCGGGUGCAGCACAAGAAGGAUCAUCCGGACUACAAAUACCAGCCCCGGCGGAGGAAGUCGGUGAAGAACGGGCAGAGCGAGUCAGAGGACGGCUGCGAGCAGACGCACAUUUCCCCCAAUGCCAUCUUCAAAGCCCUGCAGCAGGCGGACUCCCCGGCCUCCAGCAUGGGAGAGGUGCACUCUCCGGGCGAGCACUCAGGCUCCCAGGGGCCCCCUACUCCCCCCACCACCCCGAAGACAGACAUCAGCUCAGGCAAAAUGGACCUGAAGCGUGAAGGUGGCCUCCGCUCUCUGCCCGAGGGCCCCGGCGGGCGCCAGCUCAACAUCGACUUCCGCGACGUGGACAUCGGCGAGCUGAGCAGCGACGUCAUCUCCCACAUCGAGACCUUCGACGUCAACGAGUUCGACCAGUACCUGCCGCCCAACGGGCACCCCGCCGUCGCCGGCAACCCCGCGCCGGUCGCCUACGCCGGCAGCUACAGCAUCAGUGGCGGCGCGCCAGUCAGCCCGCAGGCGGGAGCGGCCGCAGCGUGGCUGGCUAAAAGCCAGAACCAGCCGGGCCAGCAGCAGCAGCAGCAGCAGCAGCACACUCUGACCCCGCUGGGGGGCGCAGGCAACUCAGAGGCAACUCAGGCCCAGCACCGGACCCAGAUCAAGACGGAGCAGCUGAGCCCGAGCCACUACACUGAGCAGCAGCAGGGCUCGCCGCAGCACGCCGCCUACAGCCCCUUCAGCCUGCAGCACUACAGCCCCCCCCAGCCUUCCUCCUACCCGGCCAUCUCCAGGGCGCAGCAGCAGUACGACUACUCCGACCACCAGGGGGGCGCCGCCGCCGCCGCCGCCGCGUCCUACUACAGCCACGCGGGGGCGGGGCAGGGCUCGGGGCUCUACUCGACUUUCAGCUACAUGAGCAGCGGCAGCCAGAGGCCCAUGUACACGCCCAUCGCCGACAACACGGGGGUGCCCUCCAUUCCUCAGAGCAGCCCGCAGCACUGGGAGCAGGCGCCGGUUUACACCCAGCUCACCAGACCCUGA